AUGCCCUCGCUGUCGACGUAUCUGUCACGCAUACGCCGUAUAGCAAUGCCGUCAUCAGCCUCGAAGCCCUCGACGAUACCGUCGCGCAGCGCAGCGGCGGACGCGGGUCGACGCAGUGGACUAACGCUGGUCAUGGGCAAUCCCUCGGCGGACCUGGACAGUUUCAUCUCUGCGAUAGUGUUGUCGUAUUUCUACAAUCGCGACACCAAGUCGACCAUGAUGUCGGGUGGGCGAUCACCACCACCGACACGACAGGCUCAGGUGUAUGUUCCGAUUCUGAAUCUGCCUUCUGUCCGCGCGAAGGAGCUGUGGCGCCUCCGCCCGGAGUUUGGUGUGGCGCUGCGCCUUGCGAUGGACGAGAAGCCGGAGCACAUCAGGCACGGAACUGGCGGCGGUGGCAAGUCCGGUGAGGAGGGCAAGACGGCGGUGUUGGACGAGGUGCUUACCAUUGCGGACGUGCUGGAUGAUGGCGGUUCGACGUUCCACGACGUGUUUGCGGCUGGGACAAGGACUGUGACCCCCGACGGUAAGCAGAAGGUGAUCCUGGUCGAUCACAACGCGCCGUCGAUCCCCAUUCCCGGACUGUCGGACGAGGUGAUUCGGUCCGGACUCGAUGUCGUCGGGUGUGUCGACCACCAUGUCGACGAGGGGUAUGUGGCCGACGACGCCGAGCCCAGGAUAGUGCGGACAGGUAUAGGCAGUUGCACGAGUCUGGUCGUGCAGCAUCUUCGGAAUGAGGGGUUGUGGCAGGCUGCGUCAGCGACCGAAAUAGAGCAGGACCACCAUGACCGCGACCGUGACCGUGGCCACCAACCCGCUGACGGCAACGACGGGCUGAGGCAGAUCGCUAGACUUGCCCUGGCUCCUAUCCUGAUAGACACGUCCAAUCUCAAGGCCAGCGGGGAUAAAUGCUCAGACGUCGAUAGGGAGGCAGUCAAGUUUCUGGAUGCGAUCGUCACGCGCGAUGGCGACGGCGUCGGCCAUGGCCAUGUACAGGGAACGACAAGUGGACAGACCAGCCUCGGGUGGGAUAGAGACGCGUUCCACAAAGUCAUCAACGCUACAAAGACGAACUCGCUGGAUCUCUUGACGAUGCAAGAGAUCUUUGACAGGGAUUACAAGAGUUGGACGGAGCCCAUGAGGAGUCAGAACCGGAACCACGCGCACGUCAAUAUCGGGAUAUCGAGUCUCGUCAAGCCUCUCUCCUGGCUGGUGGAGCAUGCCGGGGGAGUGGACGAGUUUCUCGACGAGAUCGACACGUUUGCGCACAGCGAGGAUAGGAACCUGGGAAUCUUUGCCAUGCUCACUCGUGCCGGGAAGGGAAAGGAGCUUGUUCUUCUUGGUCUGAAUGACCAAGUCGGCGGCAGCAUCGUUGACACGUUUGAAUCACGGGCUGGAGAACUCCAGCUGAAGACGUGGGAGGAGGAUGACGCUCUUGGGAAAGCGCUGGACCAAAGAUUGGGACGGAAAGGGUCGUGGAAGAUCUGGUGGAUGGGUGAUACGAGCAAGAGUAGGAAGCAGGUGGCACCACUGAUCAGAGAGGCUGCGAGAGAGGUAUGA